AUGGAAAGUUUAUGGAAAAAUCAUACUUCGGCUUUUGUGCAAGUGAAGAGUAUUUCAGGCGGCGACAAAACGGGUGACCAAAUUGGCCACUGGAAGGAGGAUGCAGUGAUUGUCAUCGACUACAGUGUUGAAACGAAUGAAGAAAAUGUAAAAGUUUACAAGAAAAGUCCUCAAAAUAUUAAUAUUUUGCACCUUGGAAGAUAUUCACUCUUAGUUAACUCGCCAACUUCAGUGUCAAUCGAUCUGCAUAACAGGGAAGACGCCGUAACUUUGCCAGUGCGUUCCAAUGGAGAGCUGGUGUUGGAGUGCAUGAUCAAUGUCUCCUACCCGACUGACUCCUUCUCGGGCAUCUGCUGCUCACCUUCGCCUGUGAUUGAAAUGUCUCGAAGUGGAGACCACUUUGAGAAGAUGAAGGCUCUCCUGGAGACGGGCGCCAACAGUGACAUCACGCUGGUGGUAGAAGAUCAGGAGUUUAAGGUUCACAAGCUGCACCUGGCCACUCACUCGGCGGUCUUUGCAGCCAUGUUCGAGCACGAGGACACCAAAGAGGCAAUUGAGAAGAAGGUGAUCAUUGAGGAUGUGUCUGCUGAAGUGAUGCGCACUCUGCUCCGCUACAUCUACACUAGCACCGUUGAGAGCAAGGAUGAUCUGUCUGUUGAGCUCUUCUCUGCAGCUGAUAAGUACCAGGUGGACGCCCUCAAAGUGGCCUGUGAGCGUCAGCUCUCGCUGAAGUUGACCACCGACUCCGCUUUCACUUCCCUUCUGUACGCUGACCUCCACAAUGCGACUACCUUGAAGGAGAACUGCAUCAA